AUGUUAAAAUCAAUUAGAACAUUUAACACUUUUGUUAAAACAAAUUAUUUAUAUAGAAAUUUUUCAAAUAAACCAUUAAAUUAUAAUAAUAAUAAUAGUAAUAAAAUUAUUACACCAUUGUGCUAUGAAAAUAAUAAUAACAAAUCUUUAUUUAAUACAAGUAUUGGUAUUAAUAAAAAUAAUAAAUUAAAUAAUAAUAAUAUAUCAUUAUUUUCAAAUAAUUCAAUUUUACCAAUAGUAUCAAAUAUUAGAAAAUUCUCAUCAUCAUCAAAUUUACCAAAUUCACCAAAACAAGAAAAAGAUAAUGAAAAAGAUAAUGAAAAAAAAAAUGAAAAAGAGAAUAAAAAAGACAACGACGAUGAUGAUGAUGGUAUUGAUGAAAAAGAGAAAUUAAAAAAAUUAAGUACAGGUGAAAAAAUUAAAUAUAUGUUUAGCAAAUAUGGUAAAUUGGCAUUAAUAGUUCAUUUUGGUAUUUAUUUCGCAACAAUGGGUAGUUUCUAUGUAUUAUUCUCAUCAGGUGUUGAUAUCAACAAUGCACUUGACUUUUUACAUAUUCCACGUAAUGCUGUUAACCCAAGUUUAGGUGCAUUUGCUGUUGCAUUUGCUUGUACAAAAAUUUCAACAGUAGUUCGUACUCCACUCACUUUAAUCACUGUACCAUUAUUAGCUCGUUAUUUAUCAAGAGCAGGUAAAAAGUUAUAA